AUGACGGAUUUCGACGGGAAAUCUGACAAGAUAAAGUCAAAAUGGUCAUGUGGUUUAUGUACGUACAAUAACAUUGCUGGACAGUUGAACUGCGAAUUAUGUGGAACUCCACGAUUUGGACCGAAGGUGGCCGAAUCUGCCAUUCAGAAGCAAGCCGAGUUGCUGUCGAUAAAAUGGACUUGCUCAACUUGUACUUUUGCCAACAUUGAAAGUGCUGAUAAGUGCGCAAAAUGUGAAAAUUCUAGACCAUCGGGAUCGGCAACAAGUCAACAGAAAAGUGCGCCUGAGAUUACGGAAGUUCCAAUAAUUGAGAAUGAUGAUUACUUGAACACUGUCCAUUUUAAUUCAGGUGUGUAAUGUUAUUACUCACCCAUUAGUUUCUUCAAAACUUAAUUUUUAAACUUUUUUAGAGAUAGCUUCAAGUUCUGAGAUAAAAUGGAAGUGCCUUCGGUGCACUUAUCUGAAUUUCCCGAAUGCUAUGAAAUGCACAAUGUGUUCAUGUUCAAUCCCAAAGAGUAGUAAGCGUGAGUGUAUAUACUAUAGUUUUGUUUAUUUUACGUUUAGUUGUACAUACAAAAAAAUUUUUAGUAAGAUCAUCCGGUGUUCAGAAGCCGCUAAGAAUAUCAAAGGAUUUGAUCAAGUCCCACACAUCCCCGGUCGUAGAAGCUCUGGCCACAAAAAGAAAUCAGUUCUUGGUAACCGGCUGUCUUUCGAGAUAUAUCAAUUUUUAUACUGGGCAUGCCCUGAGGGAGGAUCUUUUCUUUCGUUCGAUUGGAGCCCUUGCCAAGUCCCCUCAAGUCGCGCUUGACGAAAUUGUAAACUAUUUGGUUAACGAUGGGAAUGUAAAGAGGGCCUUGAAUUACUUUGAAGUAAGUCGGUAAAAAAAUUGCCGUUUAUUGUUUAGCAUCUGGUAGUGUUGUCUUUUGCCCCAGAGUUACACGUACUGCCAGGUGAUGACCUACUUGCGAUAGCUAAGAAAGCAGGACAUUCAGAAGUUGUAAAGAUGCUGACGAGAGCUCUGAACGAGACAGACAACAUGCCCUGUGCUGCGGCUGGUCCUUCGUCCGAGUUAUUUUGUCGUAUCAACCACAUUUUCCACUUUUGUAGACCGCCAUAUAACCUUCCUUUUCGACCAUAUAAUUUCAAUAUAUUUAGACGUGAGUUUAAUUAGAGCAUAACAGGUUGUACCGUUCCUCCAAUAGCUAAUCUUUCAUGUUUUAGUGCCUUUUCCGAAGAAUGACUUCACCAAAAGUCUUCUACAGGAGAUGUUGGAGAACAAGUUUGAUCCCAUCAUGAGGCAAUCCCUUCUUCGCUAUGUUCAGAUAGUUCCCAGCAAGACCCAGGACGUCAGACUGUCUACCAUUAUGAGUUGUCCUUCUACUUUAUUAAUGAAGAACCGUGGGGGAAACGAGAGUUUCUUCGAUGCCAUUCUUCAAUCCAUGUUUGGUGUUUGUGAUCGGUACAGAGCAUUGAAAACUCAGCUCCAUGAUCAUAUAAUCAGCUAUGCCUCAAGAUAUGAAACAAUCUAUAAAAUGCAGUGUCUGGAAAUGUCAACAAAGGUGGGAUUGUCCAUGACGAAUGAUGACAUCGAUGAAAUGUGGCAGCAUAAUAUGAUUAUUAACGAAGAACGACAAGUAGAAGCUGUGAGUUUUUAUAAAAGUAUUUAUUUAAAACCACAUUGUAGAUCCAUAUAUUUGCGCUUUCCCAUUUACUUCAAAGGCCAAUUAUCAUACUUCCGGUGUCGCCGAUUGUGAAUAACUCCAAGAGACCGGCCAAUCUCCUCAGUAUGGCCACCUCCAGGUCAAGUGCAUAUCAUUUUUUGGAAGGAUUCUAUGUACCCGUUUUCCUCGAGACUGAGGUCGUUUCUCGAUCGCCUUUAUGUCUGAUCCAUGAUAACGGAAUGUUCUACAGUUGGAUUACCAACGACGGUAUGUCCUUUUCUGAAAGCUGGCACUUUGCAUGUUUCUAGAUGAUUCAAAUGCCACCCAGAACUUUGUCAUCGUGAAUUAUCUCCGGACCCAAUUUCACUCAUUGUUCAGAUUUGUCGAUGAGAGUCACGAAAAGAGAGCUCGCUCUUUUCUUUCUCUUGUUCAACUUACACCUUGCAGUGUUGCGGUCAGAUUGAACAGCCACGAAUGUCUAGAAGAGGCCACCAAUUUUUAUUGUAAGUUUAUUUUGAUACUUACAGAUUGCUUUAAUUUUAGAUGAAUAUUUUAUGGCUGCCGAAAGAAGUCUUCAAGAGCAAAGAAGUGUAAAAGUUGUGGAUGUAAUUCAUCGGAUGAAUCUAUCAAAUGACUGUAAUCUAAGCAUUACCAAAAUGUUUUCAUCCAGUGCAAAACGGAUGUUGUCGCACAGAUUUCCAUAUAAUUAUGUAAGUGUUACUUUGUCUAUUCGUUAAAUUUACAUGUUAUAUCUUCAGGAUUCUGGCAGUUCGAGUGAAGCGGACAGUGAGGAUGAGGAAGAUGAAACGGCCACCAAGAUGGCCAAGGUCUCUAACUGCCCGAAUUAA